AUGUAUGGGCGGAGGCUUCCUCUGCAUCUUCUUCGGAAUCCGAUAGCUUUGUUGUCGGAGGCGAGGAGAGGAGUUUUGUCUGCAAGCUUCUCAAUGAAUGAUGAGUGGAAACAGAGCCAAUCCGUUAUUGAGGAGUUUACUCGAGGACGAGAGUAUGAGUGGAUCGCUGCGGUUCAUAAAAAGUUCACAUCUAGUGUAAUUCCCAGUGCGGUCGAUGUGGAUAUAGCAGUGUGUGGUGCGACGGAGAAAGAUCAGAUGAAUGAUAUAAUUGACAUUUUGUAUUGCUUGAGGCACUCGCAGAAUGCUGCUGAUGCACUUCCGUCGACUGAGUAUGCUGCGAUACGAUAUUUAUUGGAUCGUUGUUCCUUGGACGUCUUAUCAAACAUUGCUCAUGAUCAAGGAAGCGAACCUUACGUCUAUGAGAUUUGGGAUGUAAGGGAAUAUUUGUUUUUGAAAUUGCAUUUCGUUUAUGCUUUAAAGAUUUGCUAUUAUCUUUGUUCUUUGCUUAUAAACAAUUAUAAUCAUUUUUCUUUGCAGGUUAAUUACGGAGUUUUUUUUAAUGUUCACUCGGCUUGUCUCGCUAUUGAUCGUUUCUUAACGAGUGGUAAUUUCAGAGGAGCGGCUGCAGUUGCUAGCUUGAUUACGAAACAAGAGUUGUUCGACUCAAAGUUGUUGAACUUUUUAGCUUUAUAUUCUGGUUUAAAAUGGACUGAGUUAACUGCUGAAGAAAAACUUGUUAGUUUAGUCGAUAAGGUUGGCAUUGAAGAAAAGGUCGCUGAUGAUAAUGAUGACGAAAUGGUUAUGAGACUUUUCAAAGUUCCUUAUCUGAAAAACAGACAUUUUGAUGAUCAUUUUGAUUUGAUUAACGAGAAUGCUCUUAUGGGUAAAACUUUACUGUGGACGAUCAAGCAUUUCAACGUGAGUCCCACUCUGAAGAAAAAUAUCGUUUUUGUCGGAGCAGUACAUUUCGGAGAUUUAAUGAAAGCUUGUGGAAUACUGGAGGAGGGUGAUAUAAUGCCUUCAGCAUUAAUGGCUUGCAGGUCAUUACUAACUGUCAAGGAUUUUGAAAUGACGGACGAUUCUUUAACAGUAAUUUUAAUUUCAGUUUCUUCUUUAGCUCUUAUGGUUUUUUGCUACGAAAAGAAACUAGUAAAUAAGUUGAGGAAGAUUUGCGAGUAUAUGUUGUUAGUGUUUAUUGGUUGUUGCUUGAGCCAGUAUUUGUAA